UGGAUGGAUGGACGGAUGGUGGUCGAUUCUGCGCAUGGUAUUGAUUACUGUCAGUAAAUCGCACUCUUCUACAUAAACGAACAAUUUACAUGUGUCGAGUUAGUGGAGUGAUAAAUACUAUGCAUUUUUCAUUUCGGAAAAUUCAGCCAAAUCUUUUUAGACUCUCUAUUUAAUAAGCACCACAUUGAUUAUCGAAAUGCGUGUGUUGUGUUCUAUAUAUCCAACAUGAUUGUUGUAAUGCAAAGUCGAAAGUCGAGAUCCAUCUUACUUUGGUAGUGCCAAUGUAUGUCAGUAUUUCACAUCACAAUUCAGCAUUCUCCAAACGGAAUCAGCAUCAGCAUCGAUACGAACCAAUAAUUUAUUGUGAAACAGCGUGUGAUUGAUUCGAUAACAUACCAGCACCACCAUAUUUUAGUGUUUGAAAAUUUAGAUAAAGAUUUACUCUCCCGAUACUGGAGGAAAAACUUGUGCGUAUGAAAAAAGCAUCUAGCAAGUUGCCCAUGUAAUGCUCAAAGGAAUAUUUUCCUUUGUUUACUUCUCAAAGGAAAUUAUCUGGAUAGAAAAAUAUUAUAUAAAAUUAUGUUCGGCAUAUCAAGUGACUGUAAAAUUAGGUAGAAAUAUUUGUACAAUCAAGUUGAGUCGUUAAUGAAAAAAAUGGAUGCUGACCCAGCUUUACGUUCAUCAGGGGACCACAAACCUCCAUCUGCAUCUGUUUCGUCAUCAAAACAUACCACUGAGGCGGAUAACCGACUACCCGAAGUAAAAACUGAUGUAACCAGGACAAAGGCUGAUUCGAAAACUCGAGCAAACGAUACCAAAAAGAGAAGCAAAAAUAAAAGUUUUAUCGCUGGGUUUUUACGGAAACCAUCUGAACCAGAAACUACUGCUAAAAAGAAAAAUACUAAAAAUAAAAAACGAGGUUCACGGUUCUUUAGUCGAAGGAGACACUCGCUAUCGGAUGUAUGGCAAGCCACACUUAAAUCUACAACUGCCAUGAGUCAAGCAGCAGCUCCAAUCAACGGCCAAAAUGCCGCUGGCAUCGGGCUGGAUCCGGGAACUGGGCCACCUAAAGUUGCUAGCGAGGCAGGUAUUGCAAACACCACGAUACCUGUUGCACCCAAGAAACCAGUGCGACGAGCAGGAGUUAAGCCCCAGCCUGACCGGCCAGUUCGAGCGCUAUUUUGUUUAACACUAAAAAAUCCGCUCCGAAAACUGUGUAUUGAUAUAGUGGAAUGGAAACCAUUCGAAUAUUUGAUCUUGUUAACAAUUUUCGCAAAUUGUGUUGCCUUAGCUGUUUAUACUCCUUUCCCGAAUAGUGAUUCGAAUACCACGAAUGCUGCAUUGGAAAAGAUCGAAUAUAUUUUUUUAGUCAUUUUUACAGCCGAAUGUGUAAUGAAAUUAAUUGCAUACGGGUUUAUAAUGCAUCCAGGUUCAUAUCUGAGAAAUGGAUGGAAUAUUCUCGAUUUUACCAUAGUCGUUAUUGGAAUGAUUUCCACUGCAUUAUCCAAUUUGAUGAAAGAGGGAUUUGAUGUCAAAGCUCUUCGAGCAUUUCGAGUACUGAGACCUUUGCGGUUGGUGUCAGGAGUGCCAAGCUUACAAGUCGUACUUAAUUCAAUUCUCCGUGCCAUGGUGCCUUUAUUACACAUCGCCCUUUUGGUAUUGUUCGUAAUUAUCAUCUAUGCCAUCAUUGGACUUGAGCUUUUUUCCGGAAAAUUACAUAAAACGUGUUUCAACAAUGUAACAGAUGAAAUCAUGGAUGAUCCCCAUCCAUGUGGAGAUGAUGGAUUUCAAUGCGCCAGUAUAUCGGACGAUAUGGUGUGCCGUUACUACUGGGCGGGUCCAAACUUUGGCAUAACCAACUUCGAUAAUUUCGGAUUAUCUAUGCUGACUGUAUUCCAAUGUGUUACCUUAGAAGGCUGGACUGAUAUGCUGUAUUACAUUCAGGAUGCUAUGGGCAGCACAUGGCAAUGGGUGUAUUUUAUAUCUAUGGUUAUAUUAGGAGCGUUUUUCGUUAUGAACCUUAUUCUUGGUGUCCUGAGCGGUGAGUUUUCAAAGGAGAGAACCAAAGCAAAAAAUCGGGGUGAUUUCCAAAAACUUCGUGAGAAACAACAGAUCGAAGAAGAUUUAAGAGGGUAUCUGGACUGGAUCACGCAGGCCGAAGACAUAGAUCCAGAGAACGAGGCAAAUGUUGUACAGGAAGGAAAAACGAUGACAGCAAACGAAAUAGAUGCUUCCGAUCAUUUGGGGGAAGAAGGCGAAAUUCAACAGGAAUCUUGGCUGGCAAGAAAACGAAAAAAUAUAGAUCGCGUAAAUCGGCGGCUGCGGAGAGCUUGUCGCAAAGCAGUAAAAUCACAAGCAUUUUAUUGGCUUAUCAUUGUUCUAGUAUUUUUGAAUACCGGAGUACUAGCUACAGAGCAUUACCAGCAACCUCCAUGGCUGGAUGAUUUUCAAGAAUACACAAAUAUGUUCUUCGUAGCACUGUUUUCAAUGGAAAUGUUACUGAAAAUGUACAGCUUAGGAUUUCAAGGUUAUUUCGUAUCACUCUUUAAUCGAUUCGAUUGUUUCGUAGUCAUAGGAAGCAUUGGAGAGAUGGUUUUGACCAGCACACAAAUUAUGCCACCAUUAGGAGUCUCCGUGCUCCGUUGUGUUCGACUUUUACGAGUGUUCAAGGUUACAAAGUACUGGCAAUCUUUAUCGAAUUUAGUGGCAUCUCUCUUGAAUUCGAUUCAAUCAAUUGCUUCACUUUUGCUACUGCUUUUCCUCUUCAUCGUCAUUUUCGCCUUAUUGGGAAUGCAAGUUUUUGGAGGAAAGUUUAAUUUCAAUCGUGAGGCGGACAAACCACGGUCAAAUUUUGAUAGCUUUGUUCAAAGUCUGUUAACCGUGUUUCAGAUUCUUACAGGUGAAGAUUGGAACGCAGUAAUGUAUGAUGGGAUCCAGGCAUAUGGAGGCGUAGCGUCAAUAGGAAUUUUAGCUAGCAUUUAUUUUAUAAUUCUUUUUAUUUGCGGUAACUACAUUCUGUUGAACGUUUUCUUGGCUAUCGCUGUGGAUAAUCUCGCCGAUGCAGAUUCAUUGACGACGGUCGAAAAAGAAGAAGGCGAAGGUGAAGAAGGAGCAGAUGGUGAAAAACCCGGUUCGCACGAAGGCACGCCGAUGGGCAUUACGGACGAUGGAUUUAUGGAGCACGACAAAAACAAUUUAGAUUCGGAAAACGAAAUGAAUGUAUCUGAGGACUAUGAACACAAUGGAUCUGAAACUAAAAUGACGUUGCCUGAUGACGAUGAAGGCUAUGAAGAUCAAGACCAAGAUUAUCAAGAUAAAGAAUAUAAUCUUGCACGACCACGACGUAUGUCCGAGUUAAAUGUAGCUAAUAAAAUCAUACCAAUUCCACCAGGGUCGUCGUUCUUUAUUAUGUCUCAAACGAACAGGUUUCGAGUAUUCUGUCAUUGGCUAUGCAAUCACAGCACUUUUGGCAACAUAAUCCUAGUAUGCAUUAUGUUUUCGUCUGCUAUGUUAGCGGCAGAAGAUCCUUUGAAUGCCAACUCGGAGCGUAACCAAAUUUUAAACUACUUCGAUUACUUUUUCACCACGGUGUUCACCAUCGAACUGCUGUUAAAAGUGAUUUCUUAUGGAUUUUUGUUUCACGAUGGUGCAUUUUGCCGAUCAGCAUUUAAUCUGCUAGAUUUACUAGUUGUGUGCGUCUCGCUGAUAUCGAUGUUUUUCAGCUCUGGUGCUAUAUCCGUUAUUAAAAUUCUUCGAGUGCUGCGAGUAUUGAGGCCUCUACGUGCCAUUAACCGAGCGAAAGGUUUAAAGUACGUAGUGAAAUGUGUGAUAGUUGCUAUAAAAACCAUAGGCAACAUUAUGCUUGUGACAUAUCUACUUCAAUUUAUGUUCGCUGUUAUUGGAGUACAAUUGUUCAAGGGCAAAUUUUUCUCUUGCUCAGAUGGAUCAAAAAUGCAAGAAUCAGAGUGCCAUGGAACGUACUUGGUUUUUGAAGGCGGAAAUGUAGAUAAACCAGUAUCUAAAGAGCGUGAAUGGUCGAGAAAUAGAUUUCAUUUCGAUGAUGUAUCUAAAGCUAUGCUUACGUUAUUUACUGUUUCUACGUUUGAAGGAUGGCCUGGGCUAUUAUAUGUUUCCAUUGAUUCCCAUGAAGAGGAUUCGGGACCGAUCCAUAAUUUCAGACCAAUCGUUGCAGCUUACUAUAUCAUAUACAUUAUUAUCAUUGCAUUCUUCAUGGUCAACAUCUUCGUUGGUUUCGUUAUUGUUACAUUCCAAAAUGAAGGAGAGCAGGAAUAUAAAAACUGUGACUUAGACAAAAAUCAACGAAAUUGUAUAGAAUUCGCACUGAAGGCUAAACCUAUACGACGAUAUAUUCCAAAACACCGGAUACAGUAUAAAGUGUGGUGGUUUGUUACAUCGCAACCUUUUGAAUACAUGAUUUUCAUAUUGAUUAUGAUCAAUACGAUAACUCUUUCUAUGAAAUUCUAUCGCCAGCCUGAAAUAUACACUGAAGUUCUAGAUUUGCUCAAUUUAAUUUUUACUGCGGUAUUCGCAUUGGAAUUUGUUUUCAAGCUGGCUGCGUUUAGAUUUAAGAAUUAUUUUGGUGAUGCGUGGAAUGUUUUCGAUUUCAUCAUUGUUUUGGGCAGUUUCAUUGACAUUGUUUAUUCAGAAGUUAACGUAAGCAAAGGAAUGAAGGGUGGAUCUAGCAUUAUAUCGAUCAAUUUCUUUCGACUGUUUCGUGUAAUGCGAUUGGUGAAGUUAUUGGCCCGAGGUGAAGGCAUUAGGACACUUCUGUGGACCUUUAUCAAAUCAUUUCAAGCCCUUCCAUACGUUGCUCUAUUGAUCGUGAUGCUCUUUUUCAUUUAUGCAGUAAUUGGAAUGCAGGUAUUCGGGAAGAUUGCAAUGGAUGACGAGACAUCUAUUCAUCGGAAUAAUAACUUCCAAACCUUUCCACAAGCAGUAUUAGUAUUGUUCCGAUCAGCCACUGGUGAAGCGUGGCAAGAUAUCAUGUUGGAUUGUUCUUCUCGGCCAGGAGUAGUUAUGUGCGAUCCACGAUCAGACGACGCUAACUCACCAGAGGGCUGUGGAUCCAGUAUAGCAUUCCCAUAUUUCAUAUCGUUUUAUGUGUUAUGUUCGUUUUUAAUCAUAAAUUUGUUCGUUGCGGUUAUUAUGGAUAACUUUGAUUAUCUCACACGUGAUUGGUCUAUUUUGGGGCCUCAUCAUUUGGACGAAUUUGUUCGACUCUGGAGUGAGUACGAUCCGGAUGCAAAAGGAAGAAUAAAGCACCUGGAUGUCGUUACAUUACUGCGAAAAAUUUCACCCCCACUAGGAUUCGGAAAACUAUGUCCUCAUCGGGUUGCGUGUAAAAGAUUGGUCUCAAUGAACAUGCCGUUGAACAGUGAUGGCACAGUGUUAUUCAAUGCAACGUUGUUUGCUGUUGUAAGAACAUCGUUGAAAAUUAAAACGGAAGGCAAUAUCGAUGAUGCCAAUGCGGAAUUGAGAGCAACCAUCAAACAAAUCUGGAAACGAACAGCUCCAAAAUUACUCGACCAGGUAGUCCCACCACCAGGAGUAGAUGAUGAAGUGACGGUGGGGAAAUUCUACGCAACGUUUCUCAUUCAAGACUACUUCAGGAGAUUCAAGAAGCGCAAAGAAAAUGACAAUAAGCACGUAGAUUACGACAAUAGGCGCACUAUGACACUACAAGCAGGGUUAAGAACACUUCAUGAGGCAGGUCCUGAAUUGAAGCGUGCUAUAUCCGGUAAUCUAGAAGAUAUUGGAGAUGACAAUCCUGAGCCUAUGCAUAGGAGAAAUCAUACUCUAUUCGGUAAUAUGUGGUCAUCAAUACGAAGGCCAGGCCAAUUUCCGAAAAAGGGCAGCAAUGUAGCACCUAAAACAUCAGCAACAUCUGCAGCAGCGACUGCCGCCAUGCAUGCAGUGUUAUCAGGGGCUGAGGCUUACAAAGCACCGUAUUGUCAAAUCAAUAAUGGUUUCAACCGUAUGGCGAAAAAUGAACCAGCCCAUGACAAUAUUCCAUUGCAUCCAUUGCUGUUGGAUGGUAGUAAUACCGCACAAACCGGACGCGUUUACAACGCGAAUGAACUAUCGAAGGGAAAUAAAUUAACCACAAGCACAUCUGUAACAUCUACGAAAUCUACGACGACAGUACUUAACGACGAUAUAGAGUCCAAUUCGUCUUCAUCGAUACGUCGAAGAAACAGACUCAACUUCAACAACAUGUUGAUGCUCAUGGUAGAUGAUAAAACGAAAGAAAAAUAUUGUUACGACAGUGUAGAUGAAGGAUCGGAAGGUUCGGUAAUGACUUCAAAAACUUCCUCUACUAAUGAUACGUGUGACGGUUUCAAAAAUAUGUACAGCGCAAGGAAUAAAUCAGACCAACACAAAAUGCAACUUUCAUACAUGCGUUCGCCAAACCAGCAUAAUAUUGGCAAGUAUCAAUUCUUCGUAAGACAAAAUGCCUUCCAAAGUAGCCCGCAAAAUUUAAGAAAAGAAAUUGCUCCAUCAACUGGGACUACAGAAGCUCACAUGGCUUCUACAAAGCAUUUUCAACAGCCAAGGCAACAAUCGACUGUAAAAAGUACCGAUACAGAAGAAUCAGCUUUAUUAUGUGAUAGCAAAUCCGAUUCUAUUGUGAUUGGACGCACGGCAUCGUCACAAGAUCCAAGUUCUAUGUCUCUUGAGUUGAUUGACCCAUCACUGUCUGAAGAACGUUGGAUGAAACGAUCUUCACGAGGUGAAGAUUGGAGUAUCAGAACAGAUAAGAAAAAUCAACGAUUUUCUCACUGUGGAAGAGCAACAAAUGGCGGUAACAUUGGUAGAGGGAACUUCAUACCAGCUAGAGUGAUACACUCCACACCAAGUAGUCCACAAGACAAAAGAAAUAAAUCGAUAGAAGUAAUCGGAUCAGCAGAGAGCCUCGUAGGACGAGUUUUAUUAGAACAAGGGUUAGGUAAAUAUUGUGAUCCAGAGUUUGUACAUUGUGCUCAAAUGGAAAUGCAAGAAGCGCUAGAGAUGACGCAGGAGGAAAUGGACUUAGCUGCGCAUGAACUAAUGCUUCAAGAACGGUUCAACAGAAAUAACAACCAGCCAAAAAAUGUUCAGCCAAAACAAAAACGGAAACAUGAUAACCAAAUUUUAUAGCAGAAUGUAGUGAAAGUCAUUACAUAAUUUAAAUUAAAUAUUGAUUUAUUUUUGUUUUUGCUUGUGUAAUGUAAUCCGUCGAUCUUGGUCUGACGACUAAAUUUUGUUAUACAUACGAAUCGUUAGUUUAAUUGUCAAUGGAUCCUUACAUUGCACUUUUACAAUCAGAUUUUGUGUAAUAUGUGGUAGAUGAUUGAAAUCAUGAUCCUCUUACUUUUGUUGUUAUUUAAUUAUAUAAAUUUUUAUAACGCAAACCCCAUCCGAAAUAAUAUACAAAAUGCGAGAAUAACAUAAGAUGUACGCGAAGGAACAACUUUUUAAUAUGUAUACUUUUUUCUUCGGUCGAAUUAUUCGCCAUAAACAAUAUAUCCUACCAAAAACAGCCAACAUUUUCAAGGAUAUUAAAAUCAAUACUGAUAAUUUGAAAGAAUAUUAAACCUUUUCUUAUCAGUUUUUAAACAGCAUUUAUGUUGCAUCAGAUUAAUGACGUCCAAAGAGAUCACCUUCUUUUUUUUGAAAUGCAAAAUGGAUGUUCCGCAAAAUAUGUCUCUUGUAAAUAUUGGAAUCUUAUUGAACCCCAAUACGUACAUGUUUGGGAUUAUACAUUUUUCUCAUUUUAAAAACUGUAACUUCUGUCUUAUAAGUUUCACAUAUUUUUUUUUCCGUCAGUAUAACGAAACAAUUGCCUAAACUGAAGCAUAUACGGCUAACGUGCUGUAUAUUGUACAGGAUCAUUUUAUCAUCAGAAGUUUUGAUGUAAAUAAAUACCCCAUUUGUUUUCCAUAAA